AUGGGUGUGUUCUCUCCCUCACGUUCACGAUCGAUAUUGCGAGUCAAAGCCUUCUUCUUGACCAAGGCUUCUCCUGGUCGUCGCUCCUCUAAGCUUCUAACUCCAAUUGAGAGACUGCCGCCAGAUGUCAUUCAAGAAAUGGCCCGGCGAAUCCCUUUACUCAGAGAUAUCCUGAGUAUGAGUCUAACGUCUCGCAGCAUGCACUCACUCUUAGUCUCACACUUGUAUCGCAACGUCGACCUCAAAACGAGCAGACAAUGCAAGGUGGUGUUAGGCAUGCUGUUGAAGCAUCCUGAUAUUGCCCGACAUGUAACGAAAUUAAUUGUUCACCCCAACAAUAUCGAAUGGACCGCAAUAGAUGUCUCACUAAACGAAUCCGGGGUAGUCGAUCUACUCAUACGCGCUGUACGCUACAUGCCAUCGCUUCAUACAUUCUUUUGGGACGGCGUUGAAAUGCCCGACGAUCACUUAUGGCUUGUUUUACGAAACUCAUGUCCCUUACUGAAGAAUAUUGGCACUACUGUUGGAACACGGAGGCUGGAUCCGGCUAGUAAUCUUUAUGACUUCAGUGACCUUACGGCAUUCUCAUUCAUAGUCAAAACACUAUCCCUUCCUUGGGUACCGGAUACACUGCCAGACAUUGAGAAAAUACCGAAACGAUUCUGGGAAAUGAUUAUCGAGCGAUGUCCUCAUCUUGAAAGGUUCGCUAUAGGUGGGGCAGCACCAUCACCACGACUUUUCGAUAUCCGCCACAUAACACAUGGGCGGUGGCCGCAUCUUAGGUGUCUUACCCUAGGGGACCUCUCCAUCCAGCCGAGAAAACGACAACGUGUAUCCUGGAUCAAAGAACCCACAUUCACGGAUUUCUUACUCGCACAUCCUUCGCUCCAUAAACUUAACCUGCAAUAUGCUGGGGGAGAUCAUUUCCCUACGAAUUUGGUCCUUCCCCCAAUGGCGCUGCCCCAUCUUGAGGCCUUUACGGGGCCGUUGAAAUACGUCGCUACGUUACCCAACCCUUCCCUGAUCAAAAAUCUUUCCCUGUCCUCCUUAUUGUACUCGACGUCGUCGAUCCCCUACCUGUGUUCCAUCCUUGAAUCGCUGACGUCGCUUUCAUCGUUGAGUAUAUGGUUCGACCUAUCAUUCAAUACCAAGAUAGAUCGCGACCAGGGGUGUUUGUUGCGCAAUCUCUUGUCUUCUUGCCCACAACUCUCACAUUUGGAUUUGACAUGUUUCACCCACCCCUCCUUUGACAUCAAGUUGUUCUCGCAAGCCAUUCAAGAUACGGAGUCCACUCAUCUACAGUCUAUCAUAUUGACAAAGAUGCACUCCCCCGAGGACGAAAAGAUGCUGACCACUGCUACGCAGAUUAUUCGUGAGAACCCGCACUUGCGAAAAUUCACAUUGAGAUAUUCUCAGGAGUCUUGGCAGAGUACUAAAGGAAUUAGACCUAGGCAGGUAGGCGAAUACGAGGUGGGAUUUGAUGAGAAGGGCAAUCCUUCGACUCUGAUGGUGUAUGAGUGGGGUGUUAACUCCUUUUCUGCACGUUAUACGCAGAGAUAUACACACGAACUGGGAGAACGCCCACUGUCCUCGUCUGUCCCGUCGUCAAGGAAUCGAUACUCAGCCCAUAGUUAG